GGAGGCAGAGACAAGUACAUGUUUUCUGUUAUCUCACGUCUUAUAUGGCAAAAGUGUGAAUAUUACUGUAUAUGGUAGAUGUGAUAUGUUGAUCAUCUUGAAAGAAAGCACUUAUUCUGAGUUAUCUAGUCAGGCCCUGAAUGGAGUCACAGUUAUCCUUAUCAGAGAGAUGCUCAGAAGAGAAGACAGUCAAGAAGUCAGUGGGAGGACAGAGCGGAGAGACAUCUGGCCAUAGACAAGGAUGCCAGUAGUGAUCGGAAGCUGGAAGAGGAUGGAAGAAACUGUACGAAAUCUACUACAGAGUCAAGGACCUCCAGAACAGAAAAAAGAAGAAACUGUUAAUAUAAUGGUCUAUCAGGAAAAACUGUCAGAAGGAGAGCGAAAGCACAAGACAGCUUUGGAAGGCCGUCAGCUGGUGCUGGAUGAGGACGCGAGGAGUGAAGGCAGCAGUGCGGACGAGGGGCAGGAAAAGACCAAAUGGCUGCUAGAAAGGUUGAAAGCUCUAGAGGCAGAGAAUUCAGCAUUGGUUUUGGAAAAUGAAAAUCAAAGGGAACAGUAUGAGAGAUGUCUUGAUGAGGUAGCCAACCAGGUUGUACAAGCUCUGCUCACUCAAAAGGAUCUGAGGGAGGAAUGUGUAAAGUUGAAAACGAGAGUGUUUGAUUUGGAACAACAGAAUCGAACAUUAAGCAUCCUUUUCCAACAGCGAGUCAGACCAACUUCUGAUCUCCUCCUCCAGAAACUUCACUCACGCAUCUUAGAUCUUUCAUCCGGGGAUUUACUCUCAGAUGUGGAAAGAAGCCAGAGUCUGACGCACUCACGCAGUGAUGUUGAAAUGCAUGGCUGCCAGCUGAACGCAAAAGCAGGAACCCCUGCUUUGAAAUGCCCUGGCAUGGGCAUUGCCGUCUCUGGUCACCUCUGCCCUCGAAGCAGCUACAGCAGCAGUGAGCUGUCUCUCUCCAGCACUUUCAGCGAGUAUUCCAGCGGCUCCUCCUACACGUGGCAUGAUGGAAAGAACCUCAGGAAAAGGGUGGGGAGCCUGGGCCCUGGGAGCUUUGCAGCUGCUGGCCCUGGGGAUGAAUCAUACCAGAGCGUGGGCAGGCUGUGGGGCAGGAAGGAAGUGGGCAAUGUGAUAACCAAAUGGGGUUAUAAAGAUUGCAUGAACUCCAAUGAAGGAAUCUAUUCUCCAGGAAUUAAAAGUAGCAGCCUGAAGGAAUAUCCACCCUGCAAACCCGCAGACACGGGGAGCCCCUGCACGGAUCCCCACAAGGCGUUUGUUUAUGACAUGGAUUCUCAUGACGAGGCUGAUGAGGACGCUUCCUCCUUAGCCUCGGUCCAAGUGGUUCCAAACCAGGGCUGCAGGCUACACAGUUGUAAAUUAACUCACAGUGUCUCUGACAGCCUCUUUGGCUGGGAGCUGAAUGGCAAACACUGUUCAGAGGUCACUUCCUCAGUCUACUCCAGGGAGAGGCCUGAGAAGCUGACGGGCUGUGCCAGCAACUGUCCCUUGGAGCAGAAGCUGUGCCCAGGCGUGCAGGGGCCUCGGGUACAGAGAGAGAAGGUCUCACCCAGCCAGGGCUGCCAGGCCCUCAGUCUCCAGCCCUCAGACGCCGGUGACGCGGAGGCCCUGGAUGAGCUGCACAUUGAGAGCAGUGACGAGAAAAGCCCUUCAGAUGCGUCUGCAGCCGCGGACACCGACCGGUCCGUGGAGAGCCUGGACAUCCUCACAGGAUUUGAAAAAUCUUCACGUGGGUCUCCUGAGGAGGAAGAAAACCAAGCACCCGUCCAUUUAGAGAGCAGGCCAAAGACGUUUAGUUUCAUUAAGCAGCAGAGGGUUGUAAAACGGACUUCCUCAGAAGAAUGUAUUACUGUGGUAUUUGAUGCAGAAGACGGCCAGCCCAUUGAGCUCAGCUCUCACCAGACUGGCCUUGUUACUGUGACCAGAAAGGAGAUUUCCAUCCGUCAGGCCCCUGCUGGGCCCCGGAUGGAACACGCUGAACUUUCACCUCAGGGAAUUGCUCAUUUACAGCCAGGGGCUGCAGCUAGAGACUACCCUUUUUUAAAGAGGUCUGAAGAGGAGACUGAAAGAAACAUUCCACAGGGUGAGGUAGAUGAUACUGCCAUGGCACCUGCUGUGUCUUUCCACCCCAGGACAGUGGCGCAAAAUAGUCAAAGACGGGCCAAACCGACACAUGUCACAUCAUGCCAGAGUCAUUCUAGGUCAUCUGUGGGCACAGGCAUCUGUCAGAAGAAAAGUCUGACAAAAAUACCUACCAGGGGCAAGCCUUCACCUCAGAAAUCAAAAGUAAGGGAGCCUGAAGCCUCCCUGGUGAUGCCCUCAACUGGCCCAGUGACUCUUGAGAAAUCACCAGCUCCAGGGAAUCUCUCACGGUUCAAAAAGACUGAAGGCCCAGCUCCCCUUUUUGAUCUGCAGCCAGAUUCACACAUUCCAAAACCCCCCACCCAGCUUCCUCACGGCUCCAAGAUGUCCAGCAGAAGGGAUUGGAUCCAGAGCUCCAAGAGUCAGAUUCUAGCAUCACAGUUGCUGUCCAGGACCCCCACUGAGCGGAGUGAUGAUGGAGAGCCCCCCACAAGGGAUAAACACUGUGACCCAGGGCCAGAGCCUGGGGUGAAAUCACCCUCCCCACCACCCCCUCCAGGCAGGUCGGUCUCCCUACUCAUCAGGCCCAGUUAUGACUUUUUUCCGCCACCUUCAUCUGCCAAAUCCGAAAGCAGGGUGCCCAACGAGACAGCAAGAAUGGUAUUGAAAUCGCCCCCUCUGAAAGGAUCCUCUGCUCCUGUUAUUUAUUUUAACCAGACCCUGACAGAUGUGCAGGGGAGGAAACCAUCUGUUGCCUUCAAAAAGCCUGUCUUCACUCCCUCACCACCCUCAGCAGAAACAGCAAUCCAGAUGAGAUGCCCUGCUCACAGCCCUCUUGCUGUGAUGGUCCCGGAGCCCCCAAAAGUCUGUCCAAAGAGAAAUACCCCCAGAGCCCCACCUCACCAAACACGUGGGACCACACAGAACAACACAGGGUUACAGACUCCCAAGAACUGUGCUUCCCCCCGUGAGCCGCUGGAAAUACCGUCCUCCAAGGGUUUACCUCCAGGGAGAAAAGAACAGUUGAGUGGCAAUGUCUCUGCAUCCUCCACGCCUGCCUUCUUAGGGGUGAGUGAGUCACCAUCAUCUCAGGUUAACAGCCCCUUAUCAUCAGCGUCCUCCAAAAGCCAUAGCCCCCUACAUGCGUGUCAGAACCUUCAUGAGAGAGGACUGAAAACUCGCCUCCCAGUUGGGCUCAAAGUUUUCAUGAAGUCUCCCCAGUUGCUCAGGAAAAGUUCCACAGUGCCAGGGAAACAUGAAAAAGACAGUCUAAAUGAAGCCUCGAAAACCUCCGUGGCUGUGAGCAAGGCUAAGCCAGGGGCCUCCAGAAAUCCAGGCAGCCUUGAGGCCACAGGAGGGGAAAGAAAUGCGUCUCCAGUGGGCUUACCAGCACAAGAGGGUUUGGCCGAAGGGCUUCCCCUGGAAAGAGCAAUGCCAGAGUCACUGGAAAAUAGCAUGCCUGGGGCUGAUAGAAAAGGUGGAGUAGAAAGCAGGUCUGUGAAAAGAUCCCUGUCCUCCAGCAAACCACACCUGAAACCAGCUCUGGGCAUGAAUGGAGCCAAAGCCCGCAGCCAGAGCUGCAGUGCUCGCUCAGGGGAAGAGCCCCCCACGCCCCCCACAGAAGGGCUGGGCAAAGUCCGGACUCAGAUUAUCACCAACACCGCUGAGAGAGGCAGUUCCCUCACCCGGCAGAGCUCCUCCACCGAAGGCUCCCCCAGCAGGACUGCGUCUGGCCCUGGGUCUGAUGGGCUCCCCAGCUCUGGGCGGCCCCUGGGACACCCUUCCCCUAGGCAGGGCUCCUUGGGGAGCACAGGCAGCCCCAGCAGCCGGCACGGGAGCCCAAGCAAGUUGCCUUUGAGGAUCCCUCCAAAAUCCGAAGAGCCCCUCACCCCAGCUGGAACAGAAGAGCAGCAGGCCUACGCCCAGGGAGAAGGCCCGGGGGCGACUGUACCUGAGGGGCCAGGCAGUGACCACUGCAGGUGCCCACUCACCCCAACAGAUAGCUCAGGAGGCCCACAGAGUCUGGGGAGGACACCACAUCCCAGCAAUUUCACAGCAAGCAGGACCUCCAAGCUAGAAACUUCUGGAAGGUAUCCAGACGCUUCUGCAACCAGGGCCGGUGUCGUAAGCCCAGAAGCCCCCCUCUCACCCACAAUUGAAGAAAAGGUCAUGUUGUGCAUUCAGGAAAAUGUGGAAAAGGGCCAAGUGCAAACAAAGGCCACCUCUGUGGAAGCGAGGCCGAAGCCGGGGCCUUCUUUUGCCAGCUGGUUCGGUUUUCGGAGGAGCAGACUCCCGGCUCUCAGUAGCAGGAAGAUGGAUGUCUCCAAAACCAAAGCAGAAAAGAAAGAUGCAAAAGGUUUAGGGUUUGGAAACAAACAGCUGAAAUCGGAGAGAAAGAAAGAGAAAAAGAAGCCUGAGCUAGAGUGUGAGAUGGAAGAUGAACUUCACAGGAACAUCGAGUUGGCAGAGGGUCCAGACAGUGGUCUGCAAAACAGAAAUAACCUGAAAACACCGCCAGACAUUUAUGACCAAGUGAAGUUUGAAUCGAGAAAUAGACCCAGCCCUGUUCCAUGUUCAGCGAAAGAUACCUUUAUGACAGAACUUCUGAACAGAGUUGAUAAGAAAGCAGCUCAACAGACAGAAAGUGGAUCAAAUAAUGUCUCCUGUAGGAGUGUGUUAAAGGGCAGCUCCCAGGGCUCCUGUCUCACCAGCAGCUCUCUCAGCACUCAAGGAAACCACAAGAAAAACAUCAAAGCCAAAGCAGAUAUGGAAAUACCGAAAGGCUCCCUGAUAAGAGAGGCAAAUGAACACCUGCAAGAGAAUGAAGAAGAUACAGUUGCAGAUUCUGCAUUUCAGAGCCGCAGCAUAGAAACAAACUGCCAGAUGAGGACCCUGGACAGUGGGAUUGGCACCUUCCCACUCCCAGACGCAGGAGCACGCGCCGCGGGACGGUACAUACGCCAAGCAGACGCCCCCGAGGACACUGACCCCAGCCUGUCUCUCCAGCCGGCCCUUUGUGCCGCUUCUUCCGUGAGAGCCCAGACCCUUGAAAGAGAAGUGCCUUCCGCUGCAGACAGCCAGGGCUCUGAGGACAAUGCCAUUGUCCACUCCGCAUCCGACCCCAUCAUGACUGCCAGAGGGAUGCGACCUCUCCAAAGUCUCCUCCCCAAACCAGCCUCCUCAGGAAAAAUCAAUUCCCAAAUGCAGAGUGAAGUCGAGCCAAGGUCUCAAAAUUGUUCAUCAUUCGAAUAUGUUGAAAACACAAUGGCGAGCAAGCCACUUCCAGCCUGGGAGGGUGAAGGCGCUGCUGCAGAGACCCAGGACAAGGUACCCAGAAUGUGUGCAUACUCUGCCAGCGGUGGCAGUGAUAGUGACAGUGACCCGGACUAUGGAAAUAAUGGUUUUGGAGCUGGAAGGGGCCAGUUAGUGAAAGCAAUGAAGAGCACCACCCCAGAAAUUGAAACAAGUUGAAGAAACAAGAGAAGAUCCUGAGAACAGAUUAUGCAAAAUUUCCCUGGAGUCAUUCAAUAAAUAUAAUGGCAAUACUGUGA